AUAUGCUUGAUCAGACCUGCACCGUCCCUGACUGUCCCGCCAGUCGCAAGAAAUGUAGAUUGUCGUUAAUGUUCUCUUUGCUUUUGUACAUCGUGUUUGUGAAACGUGCUAAUUUUGUGUACUUGGUGUAACUUUGUUGUGAAAUUGAGUUGUGUUGAAUUAUUACUUUUAAUUGUAACUUUACUAUUGAAACUUUUAUUUUACUAUUUUAUUAUUUUACCAUUGAAAAAACAGAUUCUGAACAUGGGUACCAGGUCCAAAGAUAAAAUCAAGGCAGUGAUCGCCAAAGAUAUCUUAGAUAUAUAUAAUCGUUGUACAGAAGUAAAAAAAAUUAUUAAUGAUAAUGUGGAGGCCACCAUGGAUUACUUACAUGAUUUAUUAGAUCAAAUACCACAAUCAGCAUCUGGUCCUUUAAUUACAAAGACUCCAAAAGUAUUAAGAAAGAAAGGAGUAAAACGCAUAGAAACUAUUCCAGAGGAUGAAGUUAUUGUUGUUGAUAACCCAGUAUCAGAGUCAAUAAUAGAAAAUUCUAAAGUAGAGGUUACAGACAAUGCUGAAGAAAGUGUAUCAGAAACGACAACUGGUAGAUCAAGAAGAGCAGCUUCAAAGAAAGCAGCUAACAGUAUUAAGAAACAACAAUCCAUGUCACUUUCAAAGAAAUUGAGAAGGCCGUCAAGCUUAGACAAGAAAAAAAAUGAGAGUCGAGCUAAAAGGAAACAAUCUGCAAGAAGUAGUUCGGAUGAAGAGUCUACUCAAGGUCCUACAAAGCAUAGUAAAGUAGAAGAAAGUAUACUAAGACAAAGAUCUACACAAAACUCAGAAGAAGAGACCAGAGAAAAUGAUCAGACUAUAACAGAAGAAAAUAUGGUGAAACAAGAAAAACUAGAAACAUCAAGAAAGUCUUCAUCAACAUGGCAUUCUAAUAAAAAGAUAUCACUUCCAUCUAAUGAUAAAACACAUGACAUUAUCAAUGAUACGGUCAUUGCACCUAAAUCAGAUGGCAUGGAAGAAGCUUCAAUGUAUGAGGAUGCAAUUGAAAAACCUACACCUAUCAUGAAUUCUACAAUGAAUUUGAAUUCGACUCACGUUAUAUAUAAAAUGAUGAAUGCAACAGUGGUCUUGGAACCUUUGUCAGCAAUAAAAUUGAACGAAACCGUAACAAUUAGUAAAAACAAAAUGAACAGUACGCAUAAAGAGAGUCAGGAGGGGAAAAAUCAAGAUCAGCCUGAAUUUAAAUCGCCUAAAAUACCGAAACAACAGUCACCUUCUUCAAUAGCCCUACAAGACAGGAUGAAACAUUUAAAGGAAGCCAUGGCAAAUAAGGAAUUUGAUGAAUUAAUAACAGAGGACGAAUCAUCUCCAGAAGUGAAAAAGCAUAGACCAAACAUCAAGAAGCAGGACAUUAAAAAACGACAGAAACGGACAAUGAGAUCUAUGAGCUCGAGCGAAGAUGAGAUUCUUAGUACGCCUGCAAAGCCAGCUUUGAAGGAUAUAACCACAGGCAUGAGUCUUCAAGAAAUAAGGAAUACAUACAAGUCGAAUGCUUUAUUCAGUCCUUAUGCCAAAGAAUCUGUUAAAAGAAGGGUUGAAGCAUUCGAGCAGGUAGGCAUGCACAGUCCAAAGCCUCCUGUUGAUGUUGAUGCACCGACCAGGGUGACCAGGACAAAAACACGAGCCAUAGCUGCUGCACAAGCAGAUGGUUCGGAUGUUCCAAAAGUUGCGGAAAAAACAGUUGCUCAAAAACUAGCAAGAAAGUCACUCGCAAAAGCUAAAAAAAUCUCAUUAGCAAAACAUGCUAAGCACACAGAGGACUCCAAAGAGAAUAAAGCCCCGUCUGCUCAAAAAAUAAGCAGAUUACUUGUUGCGGACAAAGGAAGCCAUCUGCAGCAGCAGAAAACGACUCCGUUAACAAAGACAAAGAUUCAGUUGCCAAUGUCUGUCAGUCGUAUUCCACAAACUCCAGCGAACAAUCCUAUUAUACAUAAUAAUAAGGCAUUAACUGGAACGCGCUCAAAUAUCAUCACAUCAGUCGAGUCAUUCAUUCAGUCUGGGAAACCGGUCAGCAAACGCAAUUCGUUAGAUAAAACGGAAGAGAAAAAACGAAAAUUGAAUGACGAGGAUGCAAGGAAGAAACGAGACGAGGCGUUGAGACUUCAAACAGAAGAAAAAAGAAGAAAAAGGCAAGAAAAGGAAUUGAAAAAUAAGUUAAAAAGGGAGGCCAAUGAGAAAUUGGAAGCGGAGAGACGUCAGAAGACUGAGAAAGAAAGAGAAGAAAAAGCACGUAUACAGCAACAGAUGCUGGAAAAGCAACGCGAGGAAUUAGAAAGGAAACGUCUCGCUCAGUUGCAACGAGCUCAGGAAAAGGAGGAGAGACGAAAACUAGAAGAACAACAACGUUUGCAGCGUUUACAGGAACAAGAAGAAGCAGAAAGACAAUUGGCUGAGCAGAGACGCCGGGAACAGGAGGCCGAGAAACGAAAAGAAUUGGAAGCGAGAGCUCAACAGCAGGCUAACGCCGAAGCAAUGCGAAUUAAACAUCAAAUGCUUAAUGCGCAGGCAAAAUAUGGAAAUAAACAUCAGGGUCCGACAAAUUAUAUUUUGGACAGUGAACCCGAUGAAGAUGAAUCAGAUGAUGAGAGUAGACCAAAGCACGCAAUCCCAUAUUGGGCACAACCACAUGUACGUAAAACGCAUCUGGCAAUACAACGAUAUAUUCCGGCGAAAGCAAUCCUCAGAUUCUUCGACUCUAAAAAGUGUACACCUGACUUGACUGAAUUAUUCCAAGGUAUAGACAGAAGUAGAUUGAAACGUACAUCCAGUGCAAUCUGGAAAACACCGCCACGUUAUUCCAUGAUGGAAGCCGAAUAAGAGAAGGUAUAAUUUAUUAAAUGUAUUAUUGUUAAUUUGUCAUGUUACGCCUUAAAAAUGAAAGUGCCUAAUAAUACCAUAUUAUAGCAUAUGUAAUAUAGUAAUAAUAUUAUAUCGUACCGAUCUAGAAAAAAAUAUAUUCAAUUUUACAUGACACAGACAACUGUAAGACUGCUGUUUUGAAAAUUUUUAAAUGUACUCGUUUUUUUACCGAUUUAAUCAGGCUUAGCUGCUUUACUGAUAUUUUUAUUUAUGUAUCGUUUGUAUUGCACAAGACUCAAUGAGAAAAACAACUUUCAUAUAAAUAGUUCAUAAUAAUUAAUAAGUAAUUAUACCAAUGCGACAGUUUUUAACAAGAAAUAGAUUUUUGAAAAUUUUAAUUGUCUCCAUUAUUCUAUGCCUAACGUUGUUUCUUGUAACAUAUUCGAUAACUUAAGAAAUUUUUCAGCCUUUAAUAUAUCGCUUAUGUAUUGCGACCGCCUUUCCUGCGGGGAAGAAUUAUUAUUAUUAUUUUGCACAUACGUAAAUUAACUUUUCAAAAACGAUUGAUAUAUUGAUAUAAUUAUUAAUUAUAAUUUGACAUUUAAACGAAUAUAAAUGACUUACGUCAAUUCUUUUUGUCUCUGUAAAAUUGACGGUAACGUUGGUGUUUGAAUAGUCUCCAAUGGUUUUAAUUUUAAGUGUGUAUAUAUAGGUAUCUAAAAACCAGAAUUUUCAUAAGAAUAUGCUUUAAAAGAUAUUGACAAAUUUCUAAUAAAAGAACGGUUGUUAAAUUUUUAAAAAUUAGACUUCCUAGUUGUUUGGUACAUUUACAUAUGACAUAGAAGUGUCCAGAAUUGGAUAAUCUAAAAAGAUCAUCAUGACUGAUUUAUCCAUGGUUGAAAUUGUAAGUCUUCUCCCAUCUAUCAUAGUAUCUUUACGUUCCCCUAUCACAGACUUUACAAAAUCGGAAACUUCUUCUUUGGGCUUAGUUAUUGCUUGCCUAAUCCCUCCUUCUAAAAGCUGUUUGUUUUUAUACGUUAAUACAAAGAAAUACUUAAGAUUUUCUUCCAACGCAGUAUUAAAGAUAUACAAUUACUUUCAUAGUAGUAGAACUUGCAGAUCUUGCAACAUCAGGUGGAAAUCUGUAGUUAUUGAAAUAUUUGUAUGCUGGGAUCGUAGGCAAAAUUGGUGACCAUGAUUUGAACGUCCCAAAGGUUGAUAUGUAACGUCCCCCUAGUGUCCAUAAGCGUACCGUGCAAUCCGUACUGCCACUUGAAACAAUGAACAUCUUCCAAAAUGUACAAGUUUAUACAAAAAUUUUGAUCUACAAUUGUACGAUCGAAAGUAUUUUUUAAUCCAUUUUAAUAUUACCAAAUAAGUUAAUAAACCAGUCUGAAUAUAUGGAAUAAGGAAUAAUAUAUUUUUAUAAAAGCAUAUGCAUGUACCUAUGAAACGGACCCAGAUACACAUGAAAUGCAAAUUUAUAAUUGCUUGCUAAAUUGGUAAUUAGAAAUUAGUAUUAAGUAAUUGAAAUUACCUAACAAUAAUAUGUGCAUUAGAAAUUACUUGCACAGACGUAACAGAUUUUAUGUGACCACGUACGGAAGUGAGCAAAAUUGGCAAAGGUUGAUCCUUAAUUGCUCUUUUUGCUCUUCCGUUAAUUUUAUCCUUCCAUAAAAAUGGAAACUCCAGUCUUAAAAGGGGCAUACACACCUUCGGAGAAUCUGGUAUCAAAUAGUUUGCAAGAUACCAAACUUUAAUGUACCCCCUAUUGUGCCCUGAAUCAUUUGAACUAAGAUUAUUUUCUCGAUUCUAAUGCAAAAUAAUACAUUUUAAAAGUGUAUUGUAUUUUCACAUACUAUACUACAAUAUAAGUAAGUUUGAAAUUGACAAAUUAUAAUGUUUAUGAUAAGUUGUAUGCUAUGUAUCUUGGAGCAAUUACCAUUGUACAUUACAGUGUUUAUAGAUUAUGAAGUACUGAGAUAUAAAUUUAUAAUGAAUAAAUUUUGUUGUGAAGA